AUGGGCGACGGAUCUGACUAUCCUUCUCCUCUAAGUGAAGCAAAGCACGGAAUUACAGCUGCUGAGGUCCUGGCAUCUACGGCAGAAUCUCUCUCCACAAUUACGAGAAUGAACGACCAAGGCCCUGUGCCGUUUACCGGCCAUACCGGCGUUCAUAGUCUGGAAGGUUCGCGUCCACGGCUCUCCGUUCGACGUGCGAGGGAUCCUCCCAAGAACACCGAAAAUCAAAUCUACUGCGAUCAUCCCGAUUGUCAUGAAGCGCCUCCGACAUUCCGUCGUCCCUGCGAAUGGAAUAAACACAUGGAUAAACACGAUCGCCCCUACAAAUGUUUCGAGCCAGGGUGUGACAAGAUUCAAGGUUUCACAUACUCAGGUGGUCUUCUUCGCCACCAACGCGAGGUCCACAAGAAGAACACAGACGCCAAGAAGCCUCUAAUGUGUCCAUACACCGACUGCAACCGAAGUACUGGCAGCGGAUUCACACGUCAAGAGAAUCUUCGAGAACAUCUUCGUCGUCGUCACAUGCAUACCGAUGAUGGCCAGCCUUCGCUCAUCCUUGAUAUGCCUUGGGACCGCGAGAACGAGCUAGACGGCGUCCGCGCUAACUCCCUCCCAGCCACCGGCAUGAAGCGGAAGCAUGACUCACCCAACGGGGAUCUGGGCGAUGAAGAAGGCGGCGACCUGCACAAUGAGGUCAAGCGACUGCGCCGGGAGGUCCAGGAGAAGGAUCGACGGCUGGAGGAGCUCGAGCGGAUUGUGGCGGGCUUGCAACAAGUUAUGCCUCAGCCCACUCACUCAGAGCCUGACAGCCAAUCUGGCUCACAGUCGCUUCCGCCCGUUCCGCAGGCCGUCGCACCCCAGAUCUAG